CUCCACUCCUUUAUAAAAGUUUUCUUUUUUUAAAUGUCCACUUGAGCCAAGAAAAACUACAUCCCCACCCACAAAUAUGGAAGGCCAUCAAGAACCUUUUCAUUAUCUAAUUUAAAAGAUUGUUGUUAAACAAAGCUUAAAUAGAUGGACUUUUUGAGGACCCGUGUAUAGUAGAUAAUUUUUUGUACCCAACGUUUAUAUCAAAUAAGUAAUUUAAUCUUAGCAAUUAAAACUAAGAUGGAUGAGCAGGUUUAUUCGAGUAAGGACCUCAGAUAUCAUCCCGGCCCAGAGGAUGCACUCUCAGGAGAGGUGGAAUACCCGACCCGUCGCUUGGCACCCGGAGGCGGUUCUAGAUUUGUUAGGAUGGAUCGGGCGGUUGAACGAGAAGUUCCCAUAUUGCGUUCGGUCUUGGACGGGCAUGGCCAAGAAGUGUUGGGUGGGCAAGAAUCAUGGUGAGGUUCCCUUACCGCCUAUGCUUUGUGUUUUGUGUUUCUUUCUGAGCCCUUAGCGAAAGCGUCUUUCGGUUACUGCGCUGGUGCAGGUGUUGGCGAGAAUAUGCAGAUAAGGUCGCCCUUGGUGGCGAAGCAGGGGCCUUGGAGCCCGACACGAGUAAGAAGAGGAAAAACAGGGCAGCUGUUGACCGUCCUGCGGCAAAGAAAACCAGGUCACUGGAGCAUCGAGUCGUUGUUAGGACUGCUGCUUCAACCUAAGAGGCGAGUCCUGAUACUGAGGGAGAGAAUGAUGACGGAAGCCCACACGAGGUUAUUAUUGUCUUUUCAGUUUCGUUUCAGCUGCAACUGUGUAUGAAACAUGGGCCCAUCAAACUUUGAACUGCACACACACUACAGUUUUCUCAUUCGACAACUCGUGGCACUGGUGAAACCCAAAUGGCUGAGGAUAUUUAUGUAUAUUGCAUUUUGAAGAGAGGUAUUGAACCGAAAGACCAGUCUUUAUUGAACUCAAUGGCCAUUUGUUAUUGUAAUUUGGGUAAAUUAGAGGAAGCAAAAUUGCUUUUUGAUAAACUAUUGGAUAUGAAAUUGAGGCCUUGUAGUAGCACAUGCAAUGCGCUUAUUAAGGGAUUUUGUGGCCAAUAUAGCAUCUUGGAUGGGUUUGAUGUUUUUGUAGUGUUGAUGAUGCUGGAGUAUCACUAAGUUUUAGUUGUUACAAUAGGUUAGUGGAUGGCUUGUGCCAUCGGGGGUUCUUAGAUGAAGCACUCUAUGUGUUUGAUGUAAUGGUUGAAUUUGGAUUAGAACCUGAUGCAGUAAGUUACCAAAUCAUGAUUGGCAAGUAUUGCAAGGAUCAUAAAGUUGAUUGUGCAUUGAUGCUGUUAAAUAACAUGAUUCAGUGCAACGUUUCUCCUAGUGUGCACUCUUAUACUGCUUUAAUUGCUGCGCUUUAUAAAGAGAAUCGAUUAGCAGAAGUAGAUGUCUUGUACAAUAAGAUGUUGGAUAAUGGAUUGGUUCCUGACCAUGUUUUGUUUUUUACCUUGGUCAACAAUCAUCCAAGAGGGUCAGAGAUUACUCUAGCAUGCACCUUUUUGCGGGCAAUUGCCAAAAAUGGUUGUGGUAUUAACCUUUCUAACAUCCCUAGCACUACCAGUCAAAAAGUUACUACAAAUAUCAUAUCUGAUAUUGAUCAUCUCUUGGGAGAAAUUGUGGCAAGAAACUUAUCUCUGGCCAAUGUUGCUUUCAAUAUAUACAUGAUUGCUUUAUGUUUAGGAGGAAAACUUGAUUCUGCUCUUCUUGCAUGGACAAGAUGGCAAGCCUUUCUCUUCAGCCUUCACUGUCAGCUUAUAACUCUAUGAUCAAGUGCCUUUACCAAAACGGACUACUUGAGGAUGCCAAAUCCUUUGUUGAAGUUAUGCAUGUCAACGCCCCCUUUUUCUACGGGUUGAAAUCGGGUAUACGACAU